CACUGGUGCGUAAUGGUGCACGACUGGACGGCAGAUGUUUCACCAGCGGGACACUCUGUCUCUGCACACUUUAUUUGAACCCUUCCAAGUUUUUUUUUUUUUUUUUUUCCCCUUCAGCGUAGGCGUGCGUUAACUCGGUGUCCUGCCUUUUUAAAAGUUAUCUAAGGAAGGAAGAGGAGAUAAAGAAAGAAAGAAAAAAAAAGAAAAGAAGUGGACUACUUCUUCCAAAACCGUCCCGGUUUUUACCGGGGAGUUGUCGUCAUCAGCACCCCAGAUAUCCCCCCUCUCCAGCUCCCUAAAUGGAUGGGGCAGUCUUGGUCUAUGCAGUUCAACGCAGGCCAAAAGAUUGGAAACAACUUGUGAGUAUCCGUCAGUUUGGCGUCUAAGAGGGGAAACGCUCAGAAAUGCCCGGCCGCCCCGCUGGAGCUCAGCUCUGAGGACUUUUUUCUCCUGCAGUUUGUGCGUUUUUCAGGAGGAAGGACUCUGCUCAGAGUUUACAACAGAAAGGAAAAGUUAGCGCUGAAGUGGCAGCUCUCACAACACAAGCCCUCGCUAUGGAUUCUAUGUAUUUAUUGAUGUGCUUUUCACUCAGUCAAGUCUUUUUGGAGCAUAUUUUGGCUGCAGAGACGCAUGAAAAACUCUCUGGAAAGUUAAGUGAAUAUGGUCUUAUCGUGCCAUUCAGCACAGACUCCCGUGGCCGGUACAUUUCUCACGUGGUCUCUGCUGGAAGUGGAAGUAAAGGUGCUGCUGCCGCCGCCGCCGCCGCUACUGAUGCCACCUCAGCCUUUGGCAGCAGAAGAAGGGUGGCCCGCGGUGCCCCCGAGAUGCCCUCAGUCACCCCUGCCUCGGCUCAGCACUUGUUUUUCAAUGUCACUGUGUUUGGGAAGGAGCUGCACCUCCGCCUGAGGGCCAACAGGAGGCUGGUGGCCCCGCGGGCUUUUGUGGAAUGGCAAGAGGACUUUGAGGAAAAGGCCAAGGAGCGGAUCCACGGGGACUGUGUUUUCACCGGGGACGUGAGCGACAUGCCGGAGGCCUCUGUGGCCAUCAGCAACUGUGACGGACUGGCAGGCCUGAUCCGCACUGAUAAUGGGGAGUUUUUCAUCGAACCCCUCGAGAAGGGCCAGCAGGAUGUGGAAGUGAAGGGGCGUGUCCACGUGGUCUACCGCAGAUCAGCCAUCAAGAGGGAGACGGGCCAGCGGAGGGACGACCUCCACAACGAAGUGGCAGACAUCGGGAUCGCCGACCUCCCGGCGGCUCUGGACCUGGUCGAGCAUAAACUGUCUGAAUCCGAGCGCAAGAGGAGGCACGCCAAGAAGGACGACUACAACAUCGAGGUGCUGCUGGCCGUGGAUGACUCGGUGGUGCGCUUCCACGGCAAGGAGCACGUGCAGAAUUACGUUCUCACGCUCAUGAACAUCGUUGAUGAAAUCUAUCACGACGAGUCUCUGGGAACGAACAUCAACAUCGUCCUCGUGCGCAUGAUAAUGGUCGGGUACCGGCAGUCUAUCAGCCUGAUCGAGCGUGGCAACCCAUCUCGCAGCCUCGAGCAGGUGUGCCGAUGGGCCAACACGCAGCAGCGCCGCGACCCCGACCACGCCGAGUACCACGACCACGCCAUCUUCCUCACAAGGCAAGAUUUUGGUCCCGCAGGUAUGCAAGGUUAUGCUCCGGUGACGGGGAUGUGCCACCCACUGAGGAGCUGCACUCUGAACCAUGAGGACGGCUUCUCCUCCGCCUUUGUGGUUGCUCACGAAACCGGCCAUGUGCUAGGCAUGGAGCACGACGGCCAGGGGAACCGCUGUGCUGAUGAGACCAGCAUGGGCAGCAUCAUGGCCCCGCUGGUCCAAGCAGCUUUCCAUCGCUACCACUGGUCUCGCUGCAGCAAGCAGGAGCUCAACAGAUACAUCCACUCCUACGACUGCCUGCUGGAUGAUCCUUUUGAACAUAAGUGGCCCAAGCUUCCCGAGCUCCCCGGGAUAAAUUACUCAAUGGAUGAGCAGUGCCGCUUUGAUUUCGGCGUCGGUUAUAAGAUGUGCACCGCUUUCCGAACCUACGACCCUUGCAAGCAGCUGUGGUGCAGCCACCCUGACAACCAGUACUUUUGCAAAACCAAAAAAGGGCCUCCGGUCGACGGCACUGAAUGUGCACCGGGAAAGUGGUGCUUCAAGGGCCAUUGCAUUUGGAGAUCCAGCCAGGAGCCUCAAGGCCACGAUGGAAGCUGGGGCUCCUGGUCCAAGUUCGGCUCCUGCUCCAGAACGUGUGGAGGGGGCGUUCGCUCCCGCAGCAGGCAGUGCAACAAUCCUCCGCCCGCCUACGGUGGCCGAGACUGCCCCGGCUCUGCCUUCGACUACCAGAUGUGCAACACCGAGGAGUGCGCCGGCCCGUACGAGGACUUCCGCGCUCAGCAGUGCGUCCAGAGGAGCAACAAAUACCACAAAAACAUCAAGCACACCUGGCUGCCGUACGAGCACCCAGAUGAGGCCCGUAAAUGUGAGCUGAGCUGCAAGUCGAAGGAAACGGGAGAGGUGGUGUUCAUGAACCAGGUGAUGCACGACGGGACGCGGUGCAGCUACUCGGAUCCCUUCAGCGUGUGCGCUCGGGGCGAGUGUCUGCACGUCGGCUGCGACAAGGAGGUCGGCUCGUACAAGCAGGAGGACAAAUGUGGAGUGUGUGAGGGGGACAACUCCCACUGCCGCACCGUGAAGCUGACGCUCACCAAGACACCAAAAAAGAACGGUAUGCUGAAAAUGUUCGACAUCCCAAUAGGAGCCCGCCACAUCGUCAUCGAGGAGAAUGAGACGUCCCCUCAUAUAAUCGCUGUGAAGAAUCAAGUGACUGGAAACUUCAUACUGAACGCAAAAAGCGAAGACGCUGAAGCGAAGACCUUCAUCGAGAACGGCUUGCAGUGGGAGUACUCCAUCGACAGCGAGAAGGAGACUCUGAAGACGGCCGGACCUCUGCAUGAAGGCAUCGUGGUUCUGGUCAUUCCUCAGGAAGAAGACGCAAAAGUUAGCUUGACGUACAAGUACAUCAUACACGAGGACCUCUUACCGCUCAUCACCAACAACAACGUGCUGCUGGCUGAACUGGACACGUAUGAGUGGGCGCUGAAGAGCUGGUCCCAGUGCUCCAAGCCCUGUGGCGGAGGUAUACAGUACACCAAGUACGGCUGCAGGAGGAAGAGCGACAGCCGUCUGGUGCAUCGGAACUUCUGUGAAACCAGCAAAAAGCCCAAACCCAUCCGUAAACGCUGCAACAUCCAGGAGUGCAGCCAGCCCACGUGGGUGGUGGAGGACUGGAGCCCCUGCAGCAAGACCUGCGGGAAGCUCGGCUACCAGACCCGGGUGGUGCAGUGCAUGCAGGUGCUCCACAACGGCACCAACAGGGUGGUCCACAGCAAACACUGCACCGACAGCCGACCGGAGAUGAGGAGGGCCUGUAACCACACCGUAUGCCCCGCCCAGUGGAGGACGGGGGCGUGGUCUCAGUGCUCGGUGAGCUGUGGCGAAGGGAUUCAGCAACGGCAGGUGGUCUGCAAGGCCAGCGACAACACCAUCGGAGAGUGCGAGGGCGAGAAGCCGGAGACGGUCCUCAUCUGCAAACUAAGUCCAUGUCCAGGUCAGCCGGAGUCUUCUCUCACUGCUGAAACAGUAGAAAAUUCCACGAUGAAAGACGAAGCUGUGUACCAAAGGGUUCCUGAAAACCCGGUCCAGAAAAUCUCCUCAAAUGAACCUUGUCUGGGGGAUAAAUCGAUUUUCUGCCAAAUGGAGGUCCUGGCCCGCUAUUGUUCCAUCCCUGGAUAUUAUAAGCUUUGUUGUGAGUCUUGUAACAAGAAAGAGAGCCUGACCACACACGUUCCCGACUUCCACAACACCCCGGUGGCCUUCGCUGAAACCGAGACCUCCACCCUUUCUCAUCCUGCCUCACCCAAAACCCCUCCGGUCGCCACCACCCAGACCCCGCCGCAAACCACUAAAGCCGUCAGUCGGUGGCUCCUCUCCACUGCCCCGGUGCCGACCACGGCCGCCGGCGCCGCCGCUCAAGCUUCACCACCGACAGAUGCUGCUCAGCCCCAGAGUCCUACCGGCGACUACUUCCUCACCGCCGGGAAGAGAGAUUCGGGCGCGGGGCAUCUUCUACCUCCAGGGUCGACCCGGCCCACAGCAGACUCCAGUGGAGGUGCCUCUAAAGAGCACAGUCCAAACAGCACUUUAGGCCCAGUCGCUGCCAGGUCAAGAAGGGACAAUUUAGGAUCCGAGAGGGACUCGAGUCACAGAACCCUGUCAGCUCAGAAAUGAAGAGCGAGCGUAAUGUUGUGAACGUGCUGCUCAGUGAGAUGUCUCAAACAUCGGCUCCGGCGCGGUUUCUGAUUCACUCUUGCUGCAGAUAAUGUCUUUUUUUUUUUUUUUACGAUUUAUUUUUUUGUUUCCAUGCCAGUGAACUUAGACCAGACCAGUGAUGGUUACCUCAUCAAAAAACAACCAACUGGAGGGCGAUGUGUGAGCAGCGUCGCUCUGUCCUCUGUGCUUCGAAUAUGAAACGGGAGAAAACAAAAAACAAGUUGUCAAACCGAAGGUGCUGUAAACUAAAACGACUACAAGACGUGUUCAAAAUGUGAUGACUGCAUUGCUACAUUCGUGUUUUUAUCUGUGUACAGUUGUGUAAGCCUGUUUUUUUUUUUUUUCUCUCCUUCAAGUGCAUCAGAACUACUAUUGAACUUGUAUUGUGAACAUGCGGAGAAGGUUACGGAGGUGCAUGUAACUGCUGUGGAUGCUCGAGUGUGCCACUGGAAGAACCGCAAACUAGCGUCCAGAUAGUCCGUUAGCAAGCUGCUAAAUUUACUGAAGACAUUAAAACUGGAGUCAUGCAUUAGACGCCUGCACAAAGACGUCAUUCCUUACUGUCCUGAUCCUAAUUACUGAGCUGCAAAAAUGAUUUUUUUGUUGCUCUGUUUGCUGAUAUCUUUGCCUCCUUUUAUUCGCUCUCUCCUUCAUUUUCCACGUUGCAGUAGCUCCGAUUCAAAGGCGGCUCUCACAUAUUAAGAUGUUUACAUCCAACCAACAGAGGAGUACCUGGAGGUUUCAGCAGAAGGUGCCAGAACCGUGCAUCAAACUUAAAUUUACAGCUCCAAACAGCAUUUUAAAGCUGUCAUGUUGGCAAAAUAUUGUAAUUUUACAAUUUUUCCGCCCAUGUUUUAGACCAAACAAUUCAUUAAAAAGUCAUCAGGUUGAUUGUUUUCACGCUUCCAGUCUGAGCUCAUAUUGACCAUACUAACCAGGAGAGGUCUCUUUGUCUUCUGAGCCGACAGGACAACAGCGAGAGAAACGUCAAACUGUUCCUUUCAUGCUAGUUUAAUGAAUGUGCUUGUGAUGUUUCUUUGAAUAAUUUAUCAGGCUGUCAGUUAAUUAUAAUCAAUCACUUGUUAAUUACUCCAGUGGCACACUCCAGACUUCAUGGUCAUCACUCCUGGCAGGGAGCUUCAUGGCUUCUCUGUCCCCCGGUGCUCUUUUUCUUUUUGUUUUGUUUUUGUUGUUGUCCAAAUCGAACAUUCUCACUGAAAAAAAAAAAAAAAAAAAGAAAAAAUCAGGACUGUUUGCAAGCCAACGCCACUGUAGCAUGCCCUCUGUCUGUCUGUCUGUCUGUCUUCGUGGAAGUCAGUCCCCUAACGCUUUAAGAACAGAAAAGAUUUCAUAAAAAAACAUUCUGAUAUAUAUUUGUUUUUGUAACUGAUACGUCUUUUUUUUCAGAUAAUAAUGUAUAUAGUGUAAAUUACAAGUUAUGAGAAGUUGUACACGUUGCAGUCGGAGAACACCGGCGAUGCUGGACGUCUGCAGACCGCUUCGGUCGCGCCGUCACCGCGUUCCCGCGUCGCCGGUCAUAACGCCAUUAUGUUCAUUGUAUAGUUCUUGUAUAUACGUACGUGAAUGAAAGCUUUAAAUGUUAAUAUUUAUUGAAUUUUUAAGUGGUAUGGUGAAAAAAGUAAAAACACAUUUGAAAGAACGGAGA